CCCCAAUGUCCAGGAGAGGAGCGGACUGAGGACUCUGGCGUGUCCAGGUUCCUUCACCUGUCACCUGCUGCUCACCGAUCCCCAGAAAGAUGGCUGGCCCGUUAACCUUCACGCUCCUCUGUGGUUUGCUGGCAGUGACUUUGGCCGGAGCCAAGCUCAGCCCCCCUGCAGUUCUUACCCUUGGCCGUGAAGUCAUCAAAGAAAGGCUGACACAGGGGCUGAGGGAUCACAAUGCCAUCAACAUCCUCCAGCAGCUGCCGCUGCUCAGCAGCCUCCGAGAGAAGCCAGCCGGGGGCAUCCCCAUACUCGGCAACCUGGUGAACUCCAUCCUGAACCAUAUCGUCUGGCUGAAAGUCACCACAGCCAACAUCCUCCAGCUGCAGGUGCAACCCUCAGAUGAAGGCCAAGGGCUGGCGGUCAAGAUCCCCCUGGACAUGGUGGCUGGACUCAACACGCCCCUGGUCAAGACCAUCGUGGAGAUGCACAUGCAGACGGAGGUCCAAGCCAUCAUCACAGUGAACGCCAGCGAGAGGGGCUACACCCGCGUGGUCCUCCAGGACUGCUCCGACAGCCACGGGAGCCUGCGCAUCAGCCUGCUGCAAAAGCUCUCCUUUCUGGUCAACUCCUUAGCCAACAAGGUCAUGAGCCUCCUGAUGCCAGCCUUGCCCAAACUGGUGAAAACCCAGCUGUGUCCUGUGAUCCAGGAGGCCUUUGAAGACAUGCGUGCGGACCUCCUGAACCUGGUGAGGGCAGCACCCAUUUCCCUCGGCUCUAACCACCUGGAGUUUGACCCUCUGUCUCCUGCCAUCAAGGGUAAUGUCAUCCAGCUCAAGCUGGAGGCCAAGCUGUUGGACUCUCAAGGAAAGGUGACCAAGUGGUUCAAAGAGUCCACAGCUUCCCUGACGGUGCCCGUCCUGAACAACAGCCCUUUUAGCCUCACUGUGAGGCAGGAUGUGGUGAAUGCCGCCAUCGCUGCCUUGCUCCCUCCAGAAGAACUCGUAGUCCUGUUGGACUAUGUGCUUCCUGAGCUGGCCCACCAGUUGAAGUCAAGCAUCGACGUGAUCAGUACCAAGGUUGCUCAGGAGCUGGGGCCCACACAGUUGGUGAAGAUCCUAACUCAGGAGACCCCGGAGCUCCUUCUGGACCAGGGCAGUGCCAAGGUGGCCCAACUGAUUGUGCUGGAAGUGUUCCCCACCAAUGAAGCCCGCCGCCCCUUCUUUACCCUAGGCAUUGAAGCCAGCUCAGAAGCUCAGUUUUACACCAAAGAUGACCGGCUUCUGCUCAACUUUAACGAUAUCAGUUCUGAUCGAAUCCACCUGAUGAACUCAGGCAUUGGCCUGUUCAACCCUGAACUUCUGAAAAACAUCACCAUUGAGAUCCUCAGCUCCGUCCUACUGCCAAACCAGAAUGGCAAAUUAAGAUCCGGGAUCUCAAUAUCAAUGGUGAAGGCCUUGGGAUUCGAGGAAGCUUCGAGCUUUCUUACCAAGGAUUCCCUUGUGAUCACCCCGGCCUCCCAGUAGAACCUAGACCACCCUCCUGUCUCCCAGGAAGACUUGGAUGGUGGCCGCCCAGGGCAGGCUGGGUCCCAGUAGGAGUAUGGAAGCCAGCUCUGUAGACUUCUCUCUCUGCCAUAAAUAAACACUUGUCUGUGACUCCUA